AUGGACAAUCUGGACGAGCAAAUUCAGUGCUGGACUACUGGGGACAAAUACCGUAUGGCGGCCUUUCAGGAUGAGGUCAUGCUGCGCAUACUGCGGCGAGUGGACGCCAUGUACAGCGAAAAUGAGGGCCUUGACAUUGAACUUGUCAAAGUGGUCUGCGAGCGCACGCUUUAUGGGUCACCACUUCGCGAGCUUUUCGUGGACUGGACAGUCAUGGUCACUUAUGGCAUUCGCCAUCCGAAAGCGGAGUGCGUGGCCCCAAAGACCAUGUCUCAAAGCUAUGCGGACGAAAUACGAAAGAAUUUCGAGAAAUUGGACGGAACGGGCUUGCUUCCCGAGAUGCUAGCGAAGAAGGCGCUGUACGAUUCGCGCGGCCGCUCGACAUUCACGUGGAGGGCUAACAUGUACAACAACGAUGACCCGCGGUGGACGAAGUUCUUCCUGAACGGUCAUGGGUUCGAUUGCACAUGCACAAAGAAUGGAUCGCCUCAUCACAAAUCUCCAAGCGAUGCCGCAGCAACUCAUCGAGAUCUCCUUCGAAGGAACCCAGUCCGCCCCGAUCCACGUCCAGCAACAGACUCUCGAACACCUUUCACCAUACUUCGCCACGGCACUCAAAAAAGAGACUUUCAUCGAAGGCAAGAAUGGCAAGCUGAGCUUUCGGCGGACGAAAAGGAGGUCUGGGAAGUGAUACUGCACUGGAUCUUCAAACGCACUUUGCCGGGUCCACAAGCCGCAGAAGACUUGGAACUCGCUGUCCGAUGCUGGAUCGCCGGUGACAAGUACGAGCUCGAGAUGUUCCAAGACGCGGUCAUGCUAAGAAUCCUGCGGCGUCUGAACUGGAUGGGUUGCGACGACCUGGGAUUCAAUUUCUCAAUCGUUUUGCUGGUGUUCGAGCGUACGGCGCCGAGGUCUGGACUGCAAGCGCUAUUUGCUGAAUGGAUGGUGAUGUGCAUGCAGGAGGAGGAAGUCCAUUCUCUGCCGGUGUUCUUGUCAGACAUUGUGGCAAGAUCAUUCAAGGGCUCACGGGCAUGCUAUAAGGUGCUCGACGGCACAGGGUUUUAUCCUGCCAUAAUGGAAAACCAGAACAUCCUUGACCAAGGUGAUGUACUAUCGUGGAGGAGAAACCCAAGCGAUAUACAUGACGAUCCACAGUGGAGGCAGUUCUUUGUGUCCGCGGCCGACAAGUAUGAUUUGCCCAGCAAACGUCAACGGACGAGCCAGGAGAGGCAAUCAAUGGCCAGACCUGCGGACCUUUUCGCUUUUCCCUUGCACGACAGCGGCGACUUCUUCUCGCGGCGCACGAAACGUGGAUCCCUUCAGUCGCUGGACACUUUAAGCAAGCCAUCGACACAGAAUGACGUGAGUCCUCUGGACGUACCCUCAGCGCUACCGGUUAUGGAGGACGAGGACCAGCUCAUCGACGACCUCCUCGAAAAGUCUCGACUGAUCAGCAUCUUCAUCGGCGGAAGUCACAAUGCGUUGCAGGUGCAGCAGCAGGUUCUCGAGAACUUGUCACCCUACUUCUCCAAUGCGCUCAAGGUGGAUCGCUUUAAAGAGGGAAGAGACGGAGUGAUGAGAUUCCCGGAAGAUGAGAUGGACGUUUGGAAAACUCUCCUGCAAUGGGUCUUCUGCCGCAAAUUGCCAAAAUCGCUCAACACACGCAACGGCAAGCUCACCGAAGACGAUCUUCAUCUCGCCGUCAGAUGCUGGACUACGGGAGACAAGUACGGUAUCAAAGACUUCCAGGACACGAUCAUGCUGCGCAUCCUCAGACACCUCGACAAAUUGCCUCUCUUCAAAAUGAUUGGCGUCCAUAUCGUUCUGAUAGCAUUCGAGCGCACGCCACCUGGGUCACUACUGCGAAAUCUCUUUACUGAUUUUAUCGUCAUGGCGGUGUACCGCAUCGAACCGAUGGCGGAUCCCGACGACCGUCGAAUCCAGCCUUCGGACCAUGUUCUCGCAAGCCUCGAAGUUCUAGAUGGAACUGGAUUCUUUCCAGCCAUGACGGCAAAGAAGACACAGUUUGACAAGAUGGGUACAGCUGCGUUCGAUUGGAGAUACAACCCAAGCUCAACUGACGACGACCCGGACUGGAAGGACUUCUUCCUGGCUUACGACGGCUUCAAUUGUUCUCUGUCUCUUUUCUUUACUGCCAACAACCACCAACAAACCACGACCAUGGACGAAAUGGAUCAGCUGAUUGCGAACCUCCAAUCGCCCUCGCAACGACUCAUCGAGCUCUCCUUUGGCGCCGAGCCUCCACUGAGAGUUCAGCAACACAUUCUCGAGAACCUCUCGCCGUACUUCAUCAAAGCGCUCCAGGACACUUUCAGGGAGGGCAAGACCGGCGCCCUACACUUCCAAGAAGAGGAAAAGGACGUAUGGAAAGAGCUCAUCUACUGGAUCUUCUGUCACACCCUGUCAAGUUCCAAAGACAAGAAGAACAUCCGCCUCGCUGUUCGUUGCUGGAUUGCUGGCGACAAAUACGGCAUUGGAGAAUUCCAGGAUGCUGUUAUGUUGAGACUUCUCGAGCGCCUGGACUUGACGGAUUGCACUGGUGACGAAGGCUUCGACGUGGGAGUCGUCUUCUUGGUGUUGGAGAAUACGACUUCGAAGUCUCCGCUACGAGACAUGCUCGUGGAGUGGAUGGCUAUCAACAUGCUGGAAGAGGGAACGGAGUCUCUGAUGGAGUUUUUGACGAAAUUCAUCGAGACGUCUGGAGAGAACGUGGGCGAAAGUUUGGUGCGGUUGGAUGGGACAGGCUUCUUCCCAGCGAUCAUGGCGAAGAAGGCUCUUAUUGACGAGCAAGACGAUGACAGUGUGUGGCGGUGGAGGGACAUUCAGAACGUCAAGGUGCGGUGGAAACAAUUCUUCGUUGGCUCUACUAACAGAUCGAUGAGGUUGCAUGUCUAG